CCCCCUCAGACCUGCCCCGCGUGUGCCUCCUUCCGCCUUAACCAUUUCAGGUCGACGACACAUCAAUAUGGACGCCCAAGAGCUCAAGUCUUACCUGGCUGACUCCCCUCCAAGCGUCGUGAGGCUCGAGAUCGCAAAGCACUUUGAUGCCCUGACGGACAAGCAGAAGCGCUAUGCCCACUACAUCUCCAAAUCCUCGUUCGCAGGGUCUCGCAUCCAGAUGAGACAGGUGUCUCCGGAAUCUGAGCCUAUUUUUGAUUUCAUCCUCGCCCUCCACAAGAGCUGCGAUGGCGACUGGAAGGCCCUCGGCCAGAAGGCUGGCGUCACCGAGGAGGCUGUCACCUUCUUUUUGCAGUACGCUGGUGCUUUCUUAGGAAACACUGGGAAUUACAAGAGCUUUGGCGACUCCAAGUUCAUCCCCCGCUGCCAGGAGAGCGAUGUCGAGAAGCUGGCCGCUACGUCUCCCGAGGCUGAGAAGUUCUACAAGGCCACCAAGGGAGGUAUUUUCGCCUGCUCCAGCCCAGGUCUCAUGCACCUUGGCUACCCGGACGAGGGCCACAUGACUACCUACUAUGUCGACUCCCCCGACGUGACCAAGGCUGAGGUGGAUGGCAUAGCCAAGUGGAUGGCGAGCAAGGGUCUGUUACCGGAGAACACCCGGCUGAGAAAGACCAAGGAUGGGGUCUUUGAGAUACUCAUCGCCUCUGCUCAGACGAGCGUCCCGAGCGAGGGUGGUGAUAUCGGAAAGGAGACCGAAUUCAAGGCCGAUGACGGUGUCUUGGCCGGCAAGACGGUCAAGCUGGUGUACGGUGACCACGCCAAGGAGAUGGCCGCCGCCGCCGCCUACAUCGCGAAGGCUGCAGAUAAUGCCGACAACGAGACCCAGCAGAAGAUGCACACUGAGUACGCCAAGUCUUUUGACAGCGGUUCGCUCCUGGCCUUCAAGGACAGCCAGCGGCAUUGGAUCGCAGACAAGGGUCCGGAUGUGGAGUGCAACAUCGGCUUCAUCGAGACGUACAGAGACCCGGCUGGUGUCCGGGGCGAGUGGGAGGGUUUUGCGGCCAUGGUGAACAAGGAACGGACACGCGCGUUCGGCGAGCUCGUAUCGUCCUCCUCGAAGUUGAUCCCCCUUUUGCCGUGGAGUUCCGACUUCGAGAAGGACAAGUUCAUGGCCCCCGACUUUACAUCCCUUGAAGUCCUUUCGUUUGCAGGCUCUGGCAUCCCGGCGGGUAUCAACAUUCCAAACUACGAUGACAUUCGGCAAUCGGACGGGUUCAAGAACGUCUCCCUCGGCAAUGUCCUUGGUGCUAAGGCUCCGAAUGAGAAGAUCCCAUUCAUUAAGGAAGAGGACCUUGAGGUGUACAAGAAAUAUCGAGACCCUGCUUUUGAAGUACAGGUCGGUCUCCAUGAGCUCACAGGGCACGGAUGCGGAAAGUUGCUGCAAGAAACCUCACCGGGAGUGUUCAACUUCGACCACGCGAACCCGCCCAUCAGCCCCCUGACUAACAAGCCCGUCACCACCUGGUACAAGCCGGGACAGACCUGGGGCGGCGUCUUUGGCGGUCUGGCAGGUGCCUAUGAGGAAUGCCGCGCUGAACUGGUGUCCAUGUACCUGGCUUGCGAGUUCCCCGUGCUCAAGAUCUUUGGCUUCGGUGACGGCACAGACAAGAUCGAUGGCGAGGCGGGUGAUGUGCUCUACACUGCAUACUUGAGCAUGGCCCGCGCUGGUCUCGCGGCCCUGGAGUUCUGGGACCCCAAGAGCCAGAGAUGGGGGCAGCCUCACUGUCAGGCGCGCUUCGCCAUCCUGAAGUGCUUCCUGCAGGCUGGUGAGGACUUCUGCAAGCUGGAAUAUUCCGCCGACGAUCUGUCAGAUCUGAAGAUUAAGUUGAAUCGAAGCUUGAUCCUGACUAAAGGUCGCAAAGCCGUCGGCGAUUUCCUCCAGAAGAUACACAUCUACAAGUCAACCGCAGACGUCGAGACUGGCACCAAGUUCUUCGGCGAGGAGAUGUCGGGAGUUGGUCUCGAGUACUGGGGCACCAAGGUGCGCCAGGUUGUUGUGGCCAACGCGCAGCCUCGCAAGGUCUUCGUCCAGGCCAACACGUAUCUGGAUGAGAGCUCUGGCAAGGUCACUUGCAAGCAGUACGAGCCAACGCUCGAAGGCAUGAUCCAGAGCUGGGUGGAAAGGGACGUAUAGGAAGGCAAACUUAGGACAUCGGGCUUUGAAGUGAAAUCCCGCGCUCUGCUAUGAUGUCUAGUCUACAUUCUUGAUUACCAUCAUCCGCAGACAGACCACCACCUGCUUUCAAAAAAAAAAAAAAAAAAAAAAAAAAAAAGGCCGCUAGCAAGUCUCCGUUCCGGUCGGCAAGCAUGCGCAGCGAUGCGAAUAGAAGAAUUUAAGUCACACAUCUUCACCAGUCU